CUUUGACUACAACGAAAUAUUAAAACAAUUGAUUCUAACAGUUGAUCUUUGAUAGUUUCAUCAAGAAAAAAAGAUGUUUCAUUCAAUUGUACUUUUAGCCUGUUUGGCUUUGACUUUUGCAAGUGAAGUUGAUUAUAAAUCUGAGUUUAAUCAAUUCAAGAUCAAUCACAAUAAAAACUAUGCUCAUCCAAAAGAAGAAGCUUAUCGAUUCCAAGUAUUUAGUUCAAAUUUGAAAAAAAUUACUGAACACAAUAAACGUCAUGCAAAUGGAUUGGAAACUUAUGACAUGGGAGUCAAUGCUUACACUGAUUUGACUUUCGAUGAAUUUUCCAAAGCAUUUCUUGGAUUUAAUGCAACUCUUCAACGAGAAGCUCCAUUGAUUCACAACCGCAACUCGGUAAAUGAUUUACCAAAAACAAUCGAUUGGCGUGAAAAGGGAAUUGUUGCUGAAAUCAAAGAUCAAGCUCAAUGCGGUUCUUGUUGGGCCUUUUCAACAACUGCUUCGGUUGAAGGUGCCUGGGCUCAGGCUAAGGGUAAACUCGUUGCCUUGUCUGAACAAAACUUGAUGGACUGUUCAUACGAUGAGGGAAACAAUGGUUGUCACGGAGGUUUACCAGACAAUGCCUUUGACUACAUCAUCAAGAAUGGUGGAGUUGAUACUGAAGCCUCUUAUCCUUACACUGCUACUGAAAGUAAAACUUGCAAAUACUCAAAGGCCAAAGAAGGUGCAGUCAUUUCAAAGUAUGUCGAUAUCCCAUUGAGAGAUGAAAAUGCAUUGAAAAAUGCUGCCGCUGAACGAGUUGUUUCUGUUGGUAUUCACGCUGGUUCUUCACUUCAAAACUACAAAUCUGGAAUUUACGACGACUUCUUCUGUCCUGGCCACUUGACUCAACUUAACCAUGGUGUUGCUGUUGUUGGAUAUGGAACCAACUACUGGAUUGUCCGAAACUCGUGGGGAACCACUUGGGGUGAAAAGGGUUAUGCUCGGUUCGCAAUGGGUAAAAACUUAUGUGGUAUUGCUACUAAAGCCAGUUACCCACUUGUUUAGUAAUUUUGCGAUUUGCAAACAUCAAAUGUAACUCUUGAACCAGAAAAUUUUAAAUAAAAUUUGAUCAGAUUCUAUAAAAAUCUAAAUCUUUUUCGGAAAAA